GUAAACGCUGUAAAUCUGUAAUCGCAUGCAUCACGUGAAAAUGCAUCAAGGGUUGCGUGUGUGUACGUCGUUGUUGUAUGUGAACUCAAGCCUGUUGAUCUUAUCCAUCUCUUCAACUUUAAACUGCUGACAAGACCGAAACAUGGAUCCCCUUGGAGCCGUGCCGGAUGUUGUUGACCUCGGCCGUUUUAAACGAUGGUCUGAAAUUGCACCUAGAGACUUGAAACUUGAUGCAGCACAACAGACGCCAGAAAAUGUGCACGAAACUACGCCGUUCCCCAUCAACGAAGGUAUUAACAAGAAAAUAGCCUUGUGGUGUGGAGACAUCUCUUGCAUAAGUGCACACGCCAUUGUGAACUCUACCAACGAAAGCCUAGCCGAGAAAUAUCCGUCCAGUGCCAGGAUCCUGGCCAGGGGCGGACCACAAUUAAAGCACGAUCUCUUUACAGAAGUCAGAACAUGCCGCACGGGAGAGGCCAAGCUGACGAAGGGCUACAGCCUCCCUGCACGCUUUGUGAUCCACACCGUGGGACCCAAAUACAACCAGAAAUUCCACACGGCUGCAGAAACUGCACUGCAUUCCAGUUACUGGAGAGUCCUGCAAGUCAUGCGAGAAAACCAGCUGACCACGUUGGGCCUCUGCGCUAUCCACUCAACACGUCGGGGAUAUCCAGCUGCUGCUGGGGCACACAUAGCACUGCGUACGGUACGCCGGUUCUUGGAGUUGCACGGAGAGUCGAUGGAGUGCAUCGCAUUUGUUGUGGAGGACAUCGAAGUUGGGACCUACGAGUCCCUGCUGCCUCUCUAUUUCCCUCGUAUCCCUCAAGAAGAGGAGGCAGCCUGUCGACUGCUUCCGAAAGACAUUGGAGGUGCUUGCGGGGAGCCUUUAAUUCCUGAGAGGCAGAUACGUAUCGUCGACAAGCCCCUUCAUGAUGUGGAUGACGACGAGAGUGUCGACAUCAACCUGGACAGCUCUGUGUGCGUGGGAAAGACUGCCUUUGCGCGCAUGCACGGUGAUGUCGACCACAGGCGAGCAACUCUGGGAGACAACCUGACUCGUGAAGUCCAUCGCACACAAAGGUACGAACGUCUGCUUCGACGUGCGAAACAGGAGGACCUGUCGAGCAUAGAGUCCCUGCACUGCUUCUACCUCGGAGGCAAAGAUCGACGUGGGAGGCCCUUCUUUGUGUUUGUUGGUCAACGGUUUCGUCCUCACGAGGUUGACCUGGAGAAGGCAUUGCUGUACGCGAUUGACACCAUGGAUGGUGUGGUGAGCGAGGACUACAGCGUAGUGUACCUGCACUCCCUCACCACGGGCGAGCAUCACGUUCCCAUAUCCUUUCUUCGAGACGUGUACGAGAGCAUGGAGCUGCGUUACCGCAAACGCUUGUCAGCGGUCUACAUGUUGCACCCCACGUGGUGGACAAAGGUGGUGACUUGGUGGUUCACCACGUUCACGGCGGCCGAGAUCCGACACAAGGUUCACCCCAUACGUGGAGUGGAGGACCUCUACUGCAUCAUUGCUCCUGACCAAAUUGAGCUGCCGAGGUUUGUGCUCGACUACGAUUACUUGGUGAAUGGAGUGAGGUACUGUGACGUUCCGAUCACACAGUCGUCGCGUCGCCAGUGAAGGGGCCCUCUUUGAUUGCUGGGGGCUUGCAGAGCUUCUUUUUUCUGUUUUUAAUUGUGUACAUAGCUUUAUGAUUGUACAUAUAAUUUUUUAAGACAUGCUCAGUCAAUUUGGGGGUAUGACUGUAUGAAAGACACGCUACGGGUUAAUAAAUUUGUACAUUGAUUUCA